UACUGUUUUCACGUUUGACGUUUCUCAUAACCUGUUUUGUAAUAUGUACAUAAUUAAUUUUUAAAUUUUUCUUACAAAAACACCCCUCAGCACAUGAAGAAAUUAGCUUUAAGUAAAUUUUUACGUUUGCCGCAAACGUAUAAUAUUAAUCUAGUUUUGAAAACAACCCACAAACACAAUUUAUUAACCGACUAACAAUAACCUAAAAUGGAGCGAGAGCUACAAGGAUCAGGACCCCCCGAACCCACUGAACCUGAUAAAGAUAAGAAAUCAGAAGACGCAAACGUUCCGCAGCCUCCAAGCCCCAACGCCUUGAAGGUUGCAGCUGCUGAGUGUUUAAACAGCUGGGUGAAUUAUCUCCAGAUGCUCAACAGCAUGUGCACUGCCGGGCUCCGCCUCUCCCAGUCCCUCUCCACCCUCGCCCAAAUGCAGAACGCCCACUUAGCCAACCUGUGCCAAACCAGCUGGGAAGAACUCACCAAAGCCACGAUUUUCGCCUCAAAUUCCGUCAAAACCCACAUCGCGGCAGCCAUGCAAGACAUGAGCAUCGGCGACACCUUCACUGAAAGCGACGCCCAAAGACAACAAGACCACAACCAGCAAAUCAUCACCGAGAACCUCCUCACCUUCAUCAACCUCCAGUACCAGUUCUCCAUAGCCGGGUGUGAGUGCUUCGGCUCUAUGGCCAUGUGCCCCUCUUGUCAAGCCACCCCCGGGGGCAUCCACGACCCCGACUGCAGCAUGGCGGCGCUGCAGCAGUGUUUCGCGCGACUCUCCAUGCACGAGUCGCGCUCGCAGACCUCCAGCCCCCAUUUCUCCACGCUAGACAGCCCCAAAGGGGCGGAGUUCCAGCGGCAGCAAAGUCCGUUAGGUGCGGAGCCGAGAGGGCCGUCGCCUUAUCAAGAGGUGCACAGGGGGCCGAGCCCCAUUCACGCGUUUUCUGAGACCAUUCGGGGACCGGGGCCUAUCGAGACCAUCAGGGGGCCGUUUCCGAACCCGGGGCAGCUGUUCUCGAUGAAGUCGCCGUUUCCGGGGAGGGGGUCGCGGUCGCCGCUGCAUUUUCCGCUGUUUCCGAUUAGCGGGCAGAGGAGGUGGUCGGAGGCGGCGGCGGCCGAGGUGGUGGGGGAUAGUGGGGACGGGACGAUGCGGAGGUGGUCGAUGCCGUGGGACUGCGGGCGGGUGGAGGCGGGGCCGUGGCAGCAGAGGUACUUGCCGUCGAAGUUGGUGGUGCCGCCGGCGAGUACGUCGCAGGAUAGGAGUCGGAGUACUACUCCAGAAGCAAUACCUCAACCCGGCACCAUCACCAGCGGCGAAGGCUUAGCCGAAGCCAUCCAGUUACUCUCGUGCCGCCCCACUCGCCAAUCGAUACCUCAAACAGCACUGCCAGGACACCCUCUUCCCGGAGGACCCUUCAUACCCCCGUGGGCCGAAACCCACGAAGAACGAAUGCACAGACGCAUGUACCCAGGCCCGGCCUCCCAGCGAGGCAACUGGCAGUCCAUCGACGUCCCCCACGCCAGCGGCAUGUCCGUCACCGAGCACUACGACAUAUUCCCACCAGGGCUUCCACUAACCUCUAGGAAAAGCAGCUCAUCCACGGACUCGUCGUCAUGUCUUUCCAUACACAGCAGAUCCACAACGAGCAGCUCGGAACGCGGCUCGGACAGUGCCGCCAGCGGUGGCGACGCAAUUCGGCUGCACACGAAUUUGUACUCCAUGUGGAGCGGUAGCGAGCACUUGCCAUUUAUACGACUGCCAGAGUCGCAAGAGCCACAGGACGACAGCGACACGGACGAUCCUCCUACGGAGAAGAGCGGAAAAACGCCUUUUCCUAGACCAACUUAAGUGUCAUAUUGCUAAGUUAAGUCAUUUUUUAUGAGGCCGUCAAGGUUAGUGAUUUUUUUAUUGAUUCAAGGAGAUGAGAGGCAAACAGGGGUUUAGCGUAAUAUAAGGACCAAUUAUUUAUAAUAAUCGAUUUUUAAAGUAGUGUUUUGUAUUCCGGUAUUCACGUGUUUGGUGUUCUGUAUUAUGAUGGGACGUGUGUAAUGACGUAGAGGAAGGUGGGGCAAGUUAUAACAGUGUGUCCCCCUUUCUCUACUUUUGUUAUUAUUAGACUGUAUCUCAAGUAAAACUAAAACUGCAUGAAUGCAUAUACACUACAGCUGUGAAAUGUCUAAUUUUCUCGUUUAGAUGUUCGAUGUUUUUCUAGUCAUGUGUUGUACAGGGUGUUUGAAAAGAAAAUCGAACGACUUAUGUAGCUCAAAUGAGAAACUAUAGCGUUUCUCGUCUCAGUGCAAUCGCACUUUUGAAACACUUUGAACAAGGUUUGUCUGGUACAAACAAACAUGUCCGUUUUACGGAUUAUUUAUUUUAUUAGUGUUGAUUCUUAUAUAUAAAAUUUUAUACUGAUAAUAAAAUGUACAAGUACAA